UCUCUCCAUUUGGAAAUCACUGUUGAGCAGCGUCACUAUAGUGCUGUGUACUGUAUGCGCGACGAAAAUCUAUAUUAAAAUGGAGGAGAAGAGUCAAGUUGCAGAACGGGAAACUAAAAAGGAUGAGGUGCACGAAAAGGAUGCGCGGAACAAGAGCGCUAAAAAAAGAGAAGCUCGGAAGAAAAAGAAAGAAGCGGCGCAUGCAGCCAGUGAAAAUCAUAAUAAUAACAGAGACGAUACAGAGAUGCCUAGUCCGUGCAAUAUUUCCAUAAAGGAUAUCCAGAUGGCGAUGGAAGCUUUUAACAUGCAACAAAAACCUGCCAAAACUCAGGAAGAAGCCAUGCAAAAGCCUUAUCAAUUUUGGAGCACACAGCCAGUACCAAAAAUGGAUGAGAAAAUUGUACGCAACGAGCCAAUUGAACCGGAUAAAACAUCUAUUAGAGCUGAACCGUAUUCACUACCUCCGGACUUUCAAUGGGAUACCUUAAAUCUAGAUGAUCCUCUGGUCUUAUCAGAAUUAUACACACUACUCUCAGAGAAUUACGUGGAAGAUGAUGAUGCAAUGUUUAGAUUUGAUUAUCCUCCAAAUUUUUUGAAAUGGGCGCUGCAACCACCCGGUUGGUGUAAGGAAUGGCAUUGCGGCGUACGAGUGACCAAGAGCGGACGUCUAGUCGGUUUUAUUUCCGCCAUUCCAGCUACUCUACGUGUCUAUAAUCAUACUCAAAAAAUGGUGGAGAUAAAUUUCUUGUGUGUGCACAAGAAACUGAGAUCAAAGAGAGUGGCGCCUGUAUUAAUACGUGAAAUUACUAGGAGAGUGAAUCUAAAGAACAUCUUUCAAGCUGUGUACACUGCCGGUGUUGUUUUACCAAAACCGAUUGCGACAUGCAGAUACUGGCAUCGAUCUUUAAAUCCAAAGAAAUUAAUUGACAUCAAAUUCUCUCAUCUCACUCGCAAUAUGACGAUGCAGAGAACUUUAAAACUAUACAAACUGCCAGAAAACACGAAAGUUCCGGGAUUCAGAAAACUGGUUUAUACGGAUAUACCGCAAGCGCAUAAGAUAUUAACAGAAUAUCUGGAGAAAUUUGAUCUCGCUCCGAUAUUCUCGGUAGAAGAGUUCAAACAUUGGUUUUUGCCACAAGCUGGUAUUAUUAAUAGUUUUGUAGUUGAGAAGGAAGGCAAGAUUACUGAUAUGGUGAGUUAUUAUACGUUACCGAGCUCUAUUAUGCAUCAUCAGACACACAAAACCCUCAAAGCCGCGUACAGCUUUUAUAACGUGUCUACCACAACGCCAUGGCUCGAGCUGAUGAUGGACGCUCUGAUAUCCGCGCGUGACUUGGGUUUUGAUGUGUUCAAUGCGUUGGAUCUUAUGGAUAACAAAGAGUUCUUAGAACCUCUUAAAUUCGGUAUCGGCGAUGGCAAUCUUCAGUACUAUCUGUACAAUUGGCGUUGUCCCAGUAUGACACCUGGCAAGAUUGGUCUUGUACUACAGUAGACUUCUAGCUCAGCGACUAGCUGUCUAGAGAAAGAGAGAAAAAAAAAGUUUGCAAAUCUUGCAAAAAAAGAUAGUCAUUAAAUGCGAGCAAACAAAAGAUAACAAACAGCAAUAGAAAAAAUAAAACGGUGAUGUUAAACGGAGACGAGUGACACUGGCAAUUUUGUUUGUCAACGGGUAUGGUUUGGAAGUAUGUGAGUUUUGAAUUAUAGAGGAAGAUGCGUCAAGACGGAUUAACUCAGUCUCAAUAGUCACUCUUGUUUUCGGCGUUAGCACUUCUGACAAUGUCGUUCGAAGUUGGGCUGAUGCGCGAUCGAGAUCGUUAUGAAAAUUUGUGCAUUGUACAGCGCACGUGUAUAUACGUAUUUGCGUGACUCGAGAAAUGUAGAUAAGUAUCAUGUGAUUAAUAGGAAUUAUGGGAUAUCCUGUAAGGACCCAACAAGAAUUUCCCAUUUUCAAUAACGUAAGCCUCUUUAGACUGCAAAAUAAACUCUACUUGUUUUUCCUUUACACCUUCUCGGCUAAUUAGGUAACAACGUAUGCCAGUGUGAGAGACACACAAGUUAAAAAUAAAGUGAGAUUUAUCGAGAAUAAAAAUUGAUUUUUAUAUAUUUUCCUGCCAGUUUCUCCUUG